AUGGCAACCCUCACACCCUCCCAGGAACACGCUCAGAAGAAGCGAGACAUUGCUCAAGCCCAGCAAGAAAUCCAGGCUGCUGUGCAACGAGCGUGGCCUUGCUUCUACGAGAAGCCGAUGAAGAAAGAGGUCGGCUCA